AUGUCUACAAAAGUACCUGUACCUAAUAGAGAUCGUGAAAUUGACGGAGCCAUGCCAAAAUGUGUCCCUCACAGUGAACUGAUGAUCGAUGAGAUAUUACGUGGGGCCAACGUGCUCAACAGUCGAGGGGCCAAUAAAACCAAAUUCAUACCUCUUGCAGCUUUCAGCUACGGUGAUUAUACGAUGGUGACGACCACCGCGGACGGAUAUUACGGAACACCAGCGAUUUGUCGAUAUUUCGACGAAUAUUUGAGUGAACUCAGCCCUCAAUAUAGUUCUGUUGUUUUCCCCAACUUUGCAGUACAUUGUUGUACGCAACACGACGCUGUCUAUAUGAGUGUCACAUUGAGUCCAACGGAAAAUAUCGUGAAAUUUGUCAACGUCACGGAACGGAAACCGGGAGCUCUUAAAUACAACAUGUCUGUUUGUCUUGCUCCACUUUACGGUAACGAGUCCAAGUGGAUGUAUCUUGUACAGUUGUUUGAACAUUACAAGCUUCAAGGUGUUGUGCAUUUUUACGUCUACAUUUAUCAGAUUGACGAGUACUCAGAAAAGCUGCUUUUGGAUUACGAGAAGACUGAAGAGGUGGAGCUCGUUUACUUCGAUGGAAACGAUCGUAGGCCGGCGAAAAACUGGCAAUUUGUUGCUCUCCAGGGUAUGGAAACGUUGCUGAAACAUUUGCCAGCACUAAUAUUCCAGAACUCUUCGGCAAGAACAUAUAAAUUUCGGAUCAAAUCAAUAUUCAAACCUGCUACAGUCAUUGGAGUUCUAGUGCAUUGGGUUUAUUUGUUUGAGCCUGGAUACACUUCCUAUAAUUCGACAAUGGAUGAAGUUUUUAUACUACACUUCCGAAAUCCACACGAAUUUGGUGCAAAAUAUAUGCACAUUUUAGAUGGAUUUGGACCAUUUACUGCCCGAUCAUAUCCGGAUCAAUUUAUGUCACGAUUGAUUUUUGCCAUUAAAGGGCGACUUGAUUGCAUUUACAAUAAGCAUUACUAA